UUAAAAUGGGUUUGCGGUACACUGGCCUGCUCCCUUCAGUCCAAAAUUGAGUCCCUUGCUUAAUUUUGAUGUCGGCUUGUCGAGCUCUUUGGACGGUCAUAUAGUUUGUCCAAAUCUGAGAAGGGGGAGCUAACGGAAUUUUACUCAAAAAAAAAUUUUUUAAAGGGGCAAUAGAUGUUAUAGUUGUUGAACAACCAGACGGGACAAUGUUGUCAACACCUUUUCAUGUUCGCUUUGGAAAAUAUGGAGUUUUUAAUUAUGACGAUAAGUAUGUUGAUAUACAAAUAAAUAAUGAAGAAAUUGAUUUAAAAAUGAAAUUGGGUGGGAAUGGUGUUGCUUUCUUUGUGGAAAAGUCGGAGGAGGAGACAGAAUUGCCUUCACAUUUGGAAACGAGUCCUUUGCCUGAUGAUAUUGUGGAAACUGAUGGGGCUGCUAGACUUACGCCUUCUGCAAAGGAAAGCAAAAGCCUUGUUGACCAAACUAGACCUUCUAAACGCUCGCCACGAAAGGAUUCUGCCGUUGUUAGACCUCGUAAAGGUUCAAGCAGUAGUGACGAUGAAUUGCCUUUGCAGAAGAGACCUCCACAACAACAAAGACAGAAAAAAAUGCUUCCAUUUUCCUUGUCAAUUUAUUCGUGUAGAAAAAACCGUUCACUUCCAGAUUUGUCAAUUUUACCUAGCGAUUACAACCAAAAUGAUAUAAAUUCACAAAUUGUUUCUGCUCGUGUACAGGUUGUUGGAGAAGGGGAAAAUGGAAAAAAGAAGAGUAAACACAAAAGGAAAGCAACUUUUGGCGCUAUUGAUAUGCAAAAAUUGAUUAAUGAAAAUAAUGUUUUUUCCAAAAAUGUAAAUGGAGGAGGCUUUCAUCAUUCUAAAUCUGCUUCGACUGCUCUCAAAAAUGUCACUGACACAGAUUUCAACUUGACUCCAGUUGAAAAAUCGUCUCCUUCGUCAAAUAGUGAACAACAACAAUCUUCACCAAUUUCUCCCAUUUCUCUACAAGAUGAUCAAAAAGAAGAAUCAAAACAAUCAAUUUCUCCAGAAUCUUCCACUAAAACGACAUUUUUUUGUUCUUCAGAUGAUGAUGAGGAAGACCCUAAUAAUUUGGAAAAUUCGAAAAAUAAUUUGCUUAAACCAUCAAAUGUUGGGAGUGAUAUAGCAGAUGGAGCUCUUUCUGACCCGGAAGUUGAUCGUCAAGGAAAUUCUCCUGAUAUGAAUGACCCAGAAUGGAAAUGGGGUGAAAUUCCAAAAUCUUCAAAAACUAAAGACUCUUCCAGAAGCACAACCAAGAAAAAUGAAAAACAAGGUCGUUGGAAUUGGUUUAGAUGGUCUAGACAACCCCAACAAGAGGAAGGGGAAGAAGCUACUGAUGGAGGGGAUAAAUUAAAUAAAAAUGAAGUUGUGAAUGAUAAAAAAGAAGAAGAAAAACAACAAGAAGGAAAGGGACUUUAUCUUCAAGAUUUGGGAAAUGACCCGGCAAAGUUGGAAAAAUAUUUUGGAACUAGAAGUGGGGCUAUGAGUAUUUCUUCAAAUGCUUCAAAUUUUGAUAGUGGAAAAGGUGUUUCUCUUGGUACAAGUCCUUCUUCUGCUAUGAGUAUAAAUGAUGAUAAUGAUACUGCUACAUUAACAGGAAUUGUGGUUGAUGGAAUGAAUAAACAACCAACGAGUAAUAGUCAAGCACAUUCUUUAGAAAAUUUGACUGUAACUGCUGAAAACAAUAUUGGAGCAACUCCAGCAACCUCAAUUUCCUCCCCUUCAACUUUGGAAAAAUCUAAAAAUGUACCAACAUCGAGAAGUCGAUUUGAUAGUGGAAAUUCUGAUGCUUCUUGUGCUACUGAUUUAAAUCUCAGUGAUGAAGAAUUUGUUGCUACUACAGCAGAGCAUUUAAUAUCCGCAGCUUCUAAAAAAUACAAACGUUCGUUGAGGUUGUCUAGUGAUCAAUUAAAAUUGUUAAAUUUGGAUUAUGGCUCGAAUGAUGCUAGGUUUAGUAUAACAACUAAAUUCCAGGGAACUGCUUGGUGUAGUUGUCACAUUUAUUUACUUCGUUGGUGUGAUAAAUUGGUAAUUUCUGAUAUUGAUGGAACAAUAACUAAAAGUGACGUUCUUGGACAUGUAAUACCUGCAAUUGGGGGAACUUGGGCACAUUCUGGUGUUGCUGAACUUUAUACAAGAAUUAAAAAUAAUGGUUAUCAAAUGGUUUACCUCUCAUCUCGUGCUAUCGGCCAAUCUCAUUACACAAAAACAUAUCUUCAAAGUAUUGCUCAAGGAUCUCAAACACUUCCAGAUGGUCCAGUUUUGCUUUCUCCAACUUCUGUAUUAAUGGCAUUUAAAAAAGAGGUAAUUGAACGUCGACCAGAAGAAUUUAAAAUUGCUUGUUUAAAUGACUUGAAAUCGCUUUUCCCCGUUGAUAGACCUUUUUUUGCUGGAUUUGGAAAUCGUGAAACGGAUGUAAAAUCGUAUAAAGCAGUAGAUAUUCCAUUGGAACGAAUUUUAAUUAUUGACCCUUCUGGAAUGCUUCGGCGUGCAGAUAAAAUUGGUUAUGUCUCCGAUUAUGUUAGUAUGGCUAUUGACACUGUUGAUUACAUCUUCCCUCCAAUUCCAUUUUUGGAGGAUACCAAAUUUUCUGACCCGUCAUUAAUGACUGAAUGCAGGUAUAAUUAUUUUUUAAUUUUAAUUAUUUUUUCCGGAAAAUGUAUAACUAUGAGUAUAGCUAUAAUUUUUCCGGAAAGGUGUAAAUUAAUUUAA